CUCUCUAUUUAUAUUUUAUUUUGCGGGGUUGUACUCGGAUCGGGUCAUGGCUGAUUGAUCAGAGAUAGAUGGAUGGCUUCUUCAUCUGCCCUGUGGAACUUAAUGUAAAGCCCCCUCCCUCUUUCCUUGUCUUUGGAUCAGAGAUAGGAGUCGAAGCAGGCUUCCCUACCAGCUGAGAUGAGGCCGCUGGCCAUGGCUUCUCUGCCUCUUUUCCUCCUUCUCUUCCUCCUCCCUCACUGUCUUGCCCUCCAACUGUGCACCAAUUCAAUGGCGCCUGUGACCCUGAAGGCUCCUCUAUCCUUCUGUGCUUACAAUAGUAGCAGCUGCUGCAACUCGACCGAUGAUGCCGCAAUCCAGAAGCAGUUCCAGUCCAUGAACAUAUCUGACUCGACCUGCGCUGCCGUCAUGAAAUCCAUCCUCUGCGCGAAGUGUGAUCCAUUUUCGGCUGAUUUGUUCAAUACUGAACCAACGCUUCGAACAGUUCCAUACCUCUGCAACUCUACAAGCUCAGCAAGCUCUACUCCAUCCAAGGACUCCACCAAAGACUUCUGUAAAGAAGUUUGGGAUGCUUGCAAAGAUAUUUCAAUAAAGAAUUCUCCAUUUGCUGGACUACCAGUUUCUUCAUCCAAACUUACUGAUAUCUGGCAAUCUGAAACGGACUUUUGUCGAGCAUUUGGAGGGUCAUCUAGUGAUAAUACACUAUGUUUCAAUGGCAACUCAGCUUCGUUUAAUGAAAGCAUAGAUUCAACUACCCCCAAAGGUCUGUGUCUUGAGAGAAUUGGCAAUGGAUCUUACCUUAACAUGGCUGCUCACCCUGACGGAUCUAAUCGUGUCUUCUUGUCAAACCAAGCUGGUAAAAUAUGGUUGGCAACUGUUCCAGAACAUGGAUCAGGAGGAACAUUGGAACUUGAUGAGUCAAACCCAUUUCUUGAUUUGACUGAUGAAGUUCAUUAUGACACUGAAUUUGGUUUAAUGGGUUUGGCAUUUCACCCAAACUUUGCAACAAAUGGACGUUUUUUUGUUUCAUACAACUGUGAUAAGAUUGAAUCAGCAAGCUGUUCCGGAAGAUGCUCAUGUAAUUCUGAUGUAGGUUGUGAUCCUUCAAAGCUUGGUAAUGAUAAUGGUGCCCAGCCAUGCCAAUAUCAAACUGUUGUGGCAGAAUUUACUGCUAAUGGUUCCUCAUCAACACCCUCCACAGCAACAACCGCCAGUCCAUCAGAAGUAAGGAGGAUUUUCACUAUGGGGCUUCCAUAUACAUCUCAUCAUGGUGGACAGAUUCUCUUUGGACCAACAGAUGGAUAUUUAUACUUUAUGAUGGGUGACGGUGGGAAUAAGGGAGAUCCUUUUAAUUUUGCUCAAAAUAAGAAAUCAUUGCUUGGAAAAAUUAUGCGUCUCGACAUAAAUAAUAUACCAAGUCAGAGUCAGAUAACUGAUCUUGGCCUAUGGGGAAACUAUUCUAUCCCGAAGGAUAAUGCCUAUACUGUUGAUAGUGAAUUACAGGCUGAAAUAUGGGCAUAUGGUCUAAGGAACCCGUGGCGUUGCAGUUUUGACUUAGAAAGGCCGUCUUAUUUCUUCUGCGCAGAUGUUGGCCAGGAAAUAUAUGAAGAAGUAGAUUUGAUCUCAAAAGGUGGAAACUAUGGAUGGCGCGUGUACGAGGGUCCUGAUCUUUAUCAUUCACCAUGGGCACCUGGAGGAAAUACAUCACUCGACUCCAUAAACCCAAUCUUUCCUAUUAUGGGCUAUACUCACGCCGAUGUGAAUACAAACGUGGGCUCUGCAUCUAUUAUUGGCGGCUAUGUAUACAGGUCAACCACAGACCCCUGCAUGUAUGGAAGGUACAUAUACACAGAUCUGUAUGCUGGAGCUCUGUGGGCAGGCACAGAGAUCCCGGAAAACAGUGGAAACUACACCGGCAGUAGGAUUCCUUUUAGUUGUUCCAAGAACUCCCCGAUUCCUUGUGAUAUCAUUGCUGGAAGUCCUCUCCCAUCGCUGGGAUAUAUAUACUCAUUUGGCGAGGAUAAUAGAAAGGAUGUAUUCCUUUUAACCAGCAAAGGUGUCUACAGGGUUGUCCGGCCAAGCCUCUGUAACUACACUUGCCCAAAGGAGAAUACAACUGACACUGAGGGUUCAACUCCUGGCCUGUCUUCAGCUGCAGGUCAACUUGACAACAUCCAAGGGAGAUUGGUGCUCAUCAUGAUUACUCUUCUCAUUUGGUAUAGGCUUUAGCUGUGAGUGGUAAGUGGAGGCAGAUCUAUGUUUAAGCCUUCCCAUGUCCUGUGUAUCUUAAUUAGUGAUAGGCCACACGAACAGCCGUGAUGCUCUUUGCAUGCUUUAGACGGGCAUCAAUGGAUGAGUACUUGAGUUGCAAAACAUGGUUUUGUAUUUUGCUAUCAUCUUAUUUUCAUUUUGUAUCUAUAGGAUGGUGUAUCCUUCUUUAAAAUUUGUAGGAUGCAUUCAUUGGUGGUCGAA